UCAAUUGAAUUAAUUGUCUUAAAGUUUGGAUAUGUUUUGAGACAAAGAUAUUAUUAAUUAUAAUAUUGUGUUCAUUAUCGACCAUCUGUUCAUCGAAGUGGACAUCCGUUGCAGUGAUGUCUUCGAGCACUUCCAAUAUGUUUUGUUCGCGUUGUAAUGAGGGCUUCGAGGAAAGGGAGAAAAUCGUCAAUUCCGUCAUCAUGUAUCCCACAAUUCGUGGGGGUGAGGUAUGGCAUCAGUCAUGCUUCGUAUGCGCCCAAUGUUUCCGUCCGUUUAGCAAAGACGCGAUCUUUUAUGAAUUCGAGGGCAGAAAGUAUUGCGAACACGACUUCCAUGUGCUGUUCGCCCCGUGUUGUGGUCACUGCCAUGAGUUUGUCAUCGGUCGGGUAAUCAAAGCGCUGAACAACAACUGGCACCCCAUGUGCUUCAGGUGCGAGUUAUGCCAAACUCCUCUCGCAGACCAGGGAUUCUUUAAAAACACCGGUCGAGCCCUUUGUCACGACUGCAACGCCAAAGAGAGAGCCGCCGCUAUCGGCAAAUAUAUUUGCUUUAAGUGUCACUCUAUUAUCGAUGAGGGUAUUCCUCUUAAGUAUAAGGGCGAGCCCUACCAUCCCUAUCACUUCAACUGCAAGAACUGUGGCGUCGAAUUGAAUUCUGACGCCCGGACUAUUAAAGAGGAACUCUAUUGCCUUCGAUGUCACGACAAAAUGGGAAUUCCUAUCUGUGGUGCCUGUCAUCGGCCCAUUGAGGAGCGUAUAGUGACAGCACUGGGCAAGAACUGGCACGUCGAGCACUUUCCGUUUCUGGGACACAGACACUAUGAGAAGAAAGGACUGGCCUAUUGUGAGACACAUUAUCACCAAUUGUUUGGAAAUCUAUGCUAUGUUUGCAAUCAAGGUGAUGUGUUCACAGCACUGAAUAAGGCGUGGUGUGUAGAGCACUUCCAAUGUUCCUGGUGCGAUACCAAACUCAACCAGAAAUCCAAGUUUUAUGACGUGGAUCUUAAGCCGUGCUGUAAAAACUGUUAUGCUAAGUUUCCGACAGAACUGAAGAAACGUCUGAAAAAGCAAUACACAGAGAGAACCAUUACUACGAAGAAACAUAUCGUUUUACUCGUACAGAUAUAA